AUGAUCUCCAUAGCAAAGGUCGUUCUGAUCAGUUGCCUCUCCUGGAAGGUUCUCUGUGAACGUGAACCCUCAAUUGUGUACAAAAUGAAGAAUAUCGAGUGCAUAACAAUACCAGGCUUUUCGGCCAACGCUUCUUGCUUCAUUAAGGCCAUUAAUUGGAAUAAGGCAGUGGCUGAAAUGGACGUGGAUCUCGUACGGCCACUAUAUAAUAUAUCAGUUCGGCUUCAGGUCUUCAAAAAGGACUACUCCAAUCAGUUUCAGCCGUUUCUUAUAGAUGUUCAUAUUAAUAUAUGCGACAUACUAUCAAGACGAAGCUUUGGAUCAUUCGGAGUAAUGAUGUUGAGAGUAACCAAGCGUUUUUCAAACUUCAAUCACAGCUGUCCCUAUGAGGGUCACCUAUUUGCUCGUGGCUUCUACAUCGACGAGACUUUAAUACCCGCCAGUCCACCGUUAGGCUUCUAUAAAUUCAAUAUCACUAUCAUGGAAAACUAUCUGAAAACGCCAGCUGCCCAUGUAGGCGGCAUUGUAUGGCAUGCACAGAUUAUGCAGCCAGUAAAGAAAAAGAUAAAGCAGGCAACCAAUGGCUAA